AUGGCGAUCAAUGCCAAGCUUGCCGCUAGCGGUGUCCAGUCGGCCCGCCCCGAAGAUGACGACGACGUCGACGACGACGACGACGACGACGACGACGACGACGAGGGCGACGACGACGACGACGACGGUGGCGGCGACCGUCCCGCCCACAGGGCAGAGUGGGCGCCUCCUUUGCUCCGACGCUAUCUCGUCGCUUUCGAUCCAGCACUCUCGCCUCAGAACUGGUUAUCUCAGCGCUGUUUUCAAUCCCCGUUUCGCCGAGCUCCCACAGCUACCUUCUAG